CUUCACUCUUUCAUUCGCCAAUUUCGCCUGCCUCUGAACAACUCCCGGUAAAAGUACGUCUGGACACUUUCAACUCGGUUAUGUGAGGAGAAAAGUGUUGAAAAAAGCAUAUAGUUUGAGCUGUGUGCAUUCCUUAUCGGUGGUAAUAUACCAAAUAUACGAUUAAAACCAACAGUGAACGAAGCGGAGGAAAACACCCAAAAGUGGAAGAGUUUGAAAGUCAGUUUAACGCCAAACUUCCCUUGGCGUCCUAUUACGGGGAUUUAAGAAAACUAUGCAGGCAGACUGGCUUAUGGAUUAUGAAGAACGCACACAAUUGUACAGAUUGCCCUGAAUAACUGCGAGAAUACACCCACUUUCAUGCACCUUUGCUAAAUCCAUCUCAUCUGCUCGCACCCUUGUGUUUCGCACUACUGCUAAAAGAUGUUGUCUAGGCUGAGCGAGUGGUUCUGGAACGAGAGGCUGUGGUUUCCAGAAGGACUGGGUUGGGCUGACCUGGAGGAUCGUGACGGUCUCACCUACUCCAAGGCAUCCGACCUCUGGGUGACCCUGCCCAUCGCCCUCGCCUUCCUCAUCAUACGACAGAUCUUUGAGAGGACGGUGGCCAUUCAACUGGCCGCAGCUUUGGGCGUAAAGGAGAAAGUCAGAGUGCAAGCGGCGCACAACCUCACGCUGGAGUCGUACUUCAGAAUCACAAGUAAAAAUCCCAAACAGAGCGAAAUCGAGAGUUUAGGUAAAAAGACCGGGUACUCAGAAAGUCAGAUCCACAGAUGGUUCAGGCGACGAAGGAAUGAAGAGCGACCCAACAAGCUGAAGAAGUUCAGAGAGGCCAGUUGGAGAUUUACCUUUUACCUUCUUGCUUUCAUUGCUGGCCUUGCUGCACUUAUUGAUAAACCUUGGCUCUACAAAAUGAAGGAGAUGUGGGCAGGGUUUCCAAUGCUGCCGCUGCUGCCUUCUCAGUACUGGUACUACAUGAUUGAACUAGGCUUUUACAUGUCCCUCCUCUUCAGCGUCGCAUCAGACAUCAAGCGAAAAGACUUUAAAGAACAAAUAGUGCACCAUGUUGCCACCAUCCUGCUGAUUAGUUUCUCCUGGUGUGUGAACUACAUCAGAGCAGGAACCCUCAUUAUGCUGGUGCACGACGCCUCCGACUAUCUGCUGGAGUCUGCCAAAAUGUUUAACUACGCCGGCUGGAGAAAAGCGUGCAACUACAUAUUCAUCGUAUUUGCUGUCAUCUUCAUCAUCACCAGACUCAUCAUCUUCCCAUUUUGGAUUUUGCAUUGUACUUGGGUGUAUCCGGUGACCGUUUAUCCUCCGUUCUUUGGAUAUUACUUCUUUAAUGGGCUGCUGUUUGUGCUGCAGUGUCUGCACAUCUUCUGGGCCGUGCUCAUUCUGCGUAUGGCCAUCAAAUUCUUGCCAGGCAAUAAUAUUGUGGAGGACGAGAGGAGUGACCGAGAAGAAACAGACACGGAGGACGAUGAGGAAGAACAGGAGGACAGGAAAGCGCCAAUGAAAAAUGGACCAGUGCAGAACGGCCACUCUCCUCUAAACAACAACCAUCACCGCAAGACCGAGUGAUACUAGCAGAGACGAGAGAGGAGGUACAACACUCUCCUUCUGGUACACACGGACGAGACCAACAAAUUAACGCCAGGGGUGUUUGAUGGAUUGAAAAGGCCCAGAGCAAACACACACUCACAAUACAUGUAGAUAUAUAUAUAUAUAUAUAUGAUACUAAUUUUUGGAAACCGACAUACUUUGAAAAGGAGGAAAGAUGUAACUUCUUUCCCCUUGCAAACUAUUUAAAACACUAUUAAUAGGCACUGUAUCAUUAAAUAACCCUUUUGUUUGUUCACGGUCUUGUCUAAUGUUAGUGAAUCCAAUGUUCACUUGCUUUACUGGAAAUAUUUCCUCUAGUUUAUUAGGUGUUUAGUGCCUUAUUAGUACAAAGUUGUACUGACGUUCAUAGUUUUCAUUUCCUUUUUGUCUUUUGGGCAUCACACACACACACACUGUUAUCCUCCCUGUACUUGUCAGUAAUACGUUUUUGCAUGUUUUGUCUGGUCAACUGUCAAAUUUCCAAGAAUCCCUCAGUAUUUGACUUCUGAAGUUGCCGGAAACUGACUGGAAGUUUUUGUUUUGUGUCACCCAUUUGUUCACUAUAUAAUAACAAUCUCACCAAGUGACCUUCACACACCUGCUUUACUUAGAAAACUUGAUCUUUCCCCAAUCCAGUUGCACUAAUAAACAUUACUGACCCAGUCUUGCAACACUACCACUUUACAAAGACUCUAAAGAUUUGUGUUGCCAUGAUAUCCCGUCCCAAAGGAGCUAAAUCGGUGUGCUGCUUUUUGCAUUUAACAUUUGUCUGUUGCGUUUGUAACGAAGCAACAAAUGUGUUUGUGAAAGAAUCUCAUAUCUAAUAUUUGUGUUGGUCGGCGUGUGUCCUGUAAUACAUUUCUGUUAAAAAUGCAUUCUUAAAUAUAUUAGUUACAGUUAUUUUAAAGUGGGUUUUUUUUUUAGCAUUCU